UCUGGGUUCCGUCCGUCGAGUCCCGCCUUGCGCGCUCAUUUCGAUCCCGAGUUCCCGGUUCGAGUGUCCGGGCCCGAGAACCCCUCACAGGUUUUCCAGGAGUGGGUUCUUGGGCCGUGGCAAUGGGAGCAGGAAUGGCGCAGCUGGAGGGUUAUUACUUCUCGGCUGCUCUGAGCUGUACCUUUUUAGUGUCUUGUCUUCUUUUCUCCGCGUUCAGCCGGGUGCUGCGAGAGCCCUACAUGGAUGAGAUCUUCCACCUGCCGCAGGCGCAGCGUUACUGUGAGGGCCACUUCUCCCUCUCGCAGUGGGAUCCCAUGAUUACUACAUUACCUGGUUUAUACCUGGUGUCAGUUGGAAUGGUCAAACCUGCCAUUUGGAUCUUUGGAUGGUCUGAACAUGUAGUCUGCUCCAUUGGAAUGCUCAGAUUUGUUAAUCUUCUCUUCAGUGUUGGCAACUUCUAUUUACUCUAUUUGCUUUUCCGCAAGAUACACCCCAGAAACAAGGCUGCCUCAAGUAUCCAGAGAAUCUUGUCAACAUUAACAGUAGCAGUAUUUCCCACACUUUACUUUUUUAACUUCCUUUAUUACACAGAAGCAGGAUCCAUGUUUUUUACUCUUUUUUCCUAUUUAAUGUGUCUUUAUGGAAAUCACAAAACUUCAGCCUUGCUUGGAUUUUGUGGUUUCAUGUUUCGUCAGACAAAUAUCAUCUGGGCUGCCUUCUGUGCUGGAAAUGUCAUUGCACAAAAGUUAACUGAAGCUUGGAAAACUGAGGUACAAAAGAAGAAGGAAGAGAGGCUUCCCUCUAUCAUCAAAGGACCAUUUUCAGAAUUUAGGAAAAUUCUUCAGUUUCUUUUGGCUUAUUCCAUGUCCUUUAAGAACUUGAGUACGCUUUUCCUUUUGACUUGGCCCUACAUCCUCCUAGUAUUUGUGUUUUGCGCUUUUGUAGUAGUUAAUGGUGGAAUUGUUAUUGGUGAUCGGAGUAGUCAUGAAGCCUGCGUACAUUUUCCUCAGCUAUUCUACUUUUUCUCUUUUACUCUUUUUUUUUCCUUUCCUCACCUACUGUCUCCUAGCAAAGUUAAGACUUUCCUUUGCUUAGUUUGGAAACGAAGAAUUCAGUUUUUUGUGAUUACCUUAGUCUCCUUACUUUUAAUUUGGAAGUUCACUUAUGUUCAUAAAUACUUGCUGGCAGACAAUAGACAUUAUACAUUCUAUGUGUGGAAAAGAAUUUUUCAAAAAUAUGAAAUCAUGAAAUACUUGUUAGUUCCUGUGUAUAUAUUUGCUGGUUGGAGUAUAGCUGAUUCAUUGAAAUCAAAAUCAAUUUUUUGGAAUUUAAUGUUUUUCAUAUGUUUGUUUACUGUUACAGUUCCUCAGAAACUAUUAGAAUUUCGUUACUUCAUUUUACCUUAUGUCAUUUAUAGGCUUAACAUACCUCUGCCACCCACAUCCAGACUUUUUUGUGAACUGGGAUGUUAUACAAUUGUGAAUUUCUUUACUUUUUAUAUCUUCUUGAACAAGACUUUUCAGUGGCCAAAUAGCCAGGACAUUCAGAGAUUUAUGUGGUAAUAUCAGAGUUAUUUUGAACUGAUAAAACAGACUUAAUAUUUGGACUGUUUCCACAAUGAACAACUGAAUAGGUAGAAAAUUGAUGGAAUUUCUUUAAGGCACAAUGGUGAUCCUCAGAUCACUUCAGAUCAGAAUUUUGGAAUUUAAGUGUUAAAGAGCUGCAAUAAGUUUAAGACCUGCUCAAAAAGCCAGUAUAAUAAUGGGAAAAUAAAAUUGUUAACAAUUACCUCAUGAUAUCUUUCUGCUACUGUUGGCCAGUCAAAAGCUUGGAAACUUUAUACUAAAGUUUAAGGACACAGUUUGUUUCACAGUACUUGGAACUUAUUUAUUAAUCCUAUGUUGAAAGCAGUAGCAGACAGAUUAUUUGAAGAAUAUUUAAAAAUAAUCAGGCAAUAUUCUUGAUUGAAAAGUUUCUUAACAUUCAGUAAAUACACAGAGUUUUACUUAUAAGGCUGAAUAUACUCGCAUAGAUAGUAAUAUUAUAAAUAAGAGGCUCAUUUUUGUUUAAGAAUGGAGUUUUCUGUUCUUGUUUAAAACUAGAAAUGAUAAAGCUCUUUCACUAAUUCCUAAUACAAAAUACAUGAUGGCCAAAGAUAAAUCAUGUUGAUGAUAAUGCCUUUUAAAAGGAUUUUUCUUUCUGAAAUACCUAACUGUAGGGCUCCUAUAACAAGUUACCACAAAACUGGUGGCUUAAAACAGCAGACAUUUAUUUUCUCACAGUUCUGGAGACCGGAAGUCCAAAAUCAGGGUGUCAGUGAGGUUGGUUUCUUCUGGAGACUAAGGGAGAAUCCACCCCAUGCAUCUCUUAGCUUCUUGUGGCUGUUGACAAUCCUUGGUAUUCCGUGAUUGUAGAUGCCUCACUCCAAUCUCUGCCUCUGUCUUCACAUGGCCUUCCCUUCUGGGUCUAACUGUCAUCUCUUUCUUGUAAGGACACAGUUUCAUUGGAUUUUGGGUCCACUCUAAUCCAAGAUAGCUCAUUUUGAGAUCCUUAAUAUAAUUACAUCUGCAAAGAUGUUUUUUCUGAGUGAGGUCAUAUUUACAGGUCCUGGAUCGGCAUAUCUUUUGGUGGAACACUAUUCGACCCACAAUAGUUACCAAAGGAGAUUUAGAAUAAACCUCAUAAGAUUUGCAGGAGAUAAUUUCUUUGCUGAGGUCUCUUAAAUAAAACUGUAUCUUUACUGAGUGGUUAAAAAAAAAAGUGACCUGAGGUCAUAUAAUUGUAAAGCUAAAAUCAACCGGUAUUUGAUUCUAUAAAUCAAAAAAAGAAAAAACAGAAAAAAAAAUAAAAAACUGGAAGGAAGUUUAGAAAUCUGAUCUAGUGUUAUUUUCAUGAAAUAGGGAACAACUGCUCAGGUAGGAAUUUUUUGCAUUGCUUUUGGAUCCUUUACUGUUUUGAGUACACUCAUUGAGUUCUGUUACUGGAGAGUAUUAUUUGGACAUGUUAACUUUGACGUGUAAACUUAGAACUGUGACUAGAGUUCAUUCUUUUAAUCUAAUUUUGUUUCCAACCUUUCUUAAUGGCUAUAAGGAUAAACAAAUUAUUUUGUCCUCAGUGUUGGAUUGUGCUGUGUUUUAAAUGGAAUUGGAGAGUAUUCUACAUUUGCAAAUAUCAAAUUGUAUGCUUGUGAAAAUUACAAGGAUAGUUAUAAGUAAUGAAUGCCGGGCAGUCUUUUGUUAUACUUCAUUUAGUACUUAGAAAAUAGAUUAAUUAUUUGAUUCAGUCAUAACAAGGAUUAUGGAUAAAUGUUUAUGCAGACUGUUAAAAUUAGAUAAGAGAUGCUUGGGAGAAAAUCUGAAUUCAGAGGGAAACUGGAUAAUCUUUCAUUUUUUUCCAUGCAGUAUUUAAAAUAUGGUACUUGGCAUUUUAGCAAAGAAUGCCACAAAUUAAAGGGUGCUAUUUAUUUUUACUAAUUAUUUAUUUUAAAACAGAGAUGCUUAUCAUUACUUUUGAGUUUAAGAUAAAUGUUUUGGUUAAAUUCUCUUAGGCAUUUAGAAGACAACGAUUUGCUGGUGAAUUUUCUAAGAUAUGUAAUAGAUAAAAUGAGUAUGUAAGAAAUAUACAAACUCAGAUAUUGUAGCACAUCUGAUCAUUUUCCCUUUAAUUGUUCAAGAUCCUAUACCAGACUUAUCUUUGCAUAAUCAAUCCACUUAAAAAAACUAGGAGAGCUAAUCAUUCCUUGCUUUUAGAAAUAUCCUAAAUUACAUGUGUUUGAAGCAUUUUUCAAGAGUUGCCAUAUGGAUAUUUUGACAGGAAUUUUAAAACUUAGACUUUAUUGAAGUGAUUAAAAAGUGAAUAUAAAAAAGUUGUAUUGACACACUAGGUAACCCGAGGAGCUUAUUUUUAUCGAAGUCUGUGAGUAGGAUUAUUUUAUAGUAUCAUAUAGUCCAUAAAUUAUUUUAGCAUCAGUAAUAAAUCCUUUUCAACUCAUUCUACAUUAUAUGAAAUCCAUGGAUAUGGAGUAUUAUUUUUAUGUAGCAUUAGUAAGGUUCCAGUGUACUGUAUCUUUCAGCACAGUUAUUUAUCUUUUCUCUUAGGGGAAUACCUAGAAAUCUUUCAUAAGUGCAUCUGAAUAUGUAUUUAGAUGAUUUGGAAAUGCAGUUUUCCUGAGUUAACACAUAGCAUAUCAUUAUGGCAAGAGAAACUAUUUUCACUGCCUGGCCUUUUCCUUCCCUUCUUAAAGUUAUUUCUGGAAUGUGGUUAGUUUGUCAUAAAGUACUUACUAGAAAUAACUUAAUGUAAAAAUUUAACACUACUUCUAGUUUGAACUUAACUGCCCCUUUUCUUGACAUUAUUUGCUUCAUAAUUGUCUGAAGACAGGAAAUCUUCAGUUUUUAUUUGGAACCCUUAAGUAAUGGACUAUUUUUUAACUUAAUCUUAAUUAAAAUACAGAUGAAUAUAAAGGGAUGAAUUCAUUUUUACUAGGUGAGAUAGCAUUUAUUAUCUUUGAAACAAUUAAAAUUCCAUUUAAAAAUGAAACAAGAAACACACGUCAUUCAAACACAAAGUUUGUUCUAAUGGAAAUUUAAAUAUGACUUAAAAAUUAGAAAAAACAUUGAACUUUGGAGUUAGGAUUCCUAUACUUGGUCAUGGCUCUGCCAUCAGUUAGGCAAGUGGUUUAAUCUUUGGCCCUCAUUUAAAUGAGAGUAAUAUUUACCCUACCUCCAGUCAGUGCCUGUUAUGGGUCUGGCCUUAUUUCAUGAAGUUCAUAAAUGUGUCAUGUAAUAAAUCUUCAGUAAAUAUAUGCCAAAUGAAGAUUUUAGUAUAGAAAGGAGUGACUAUCAUAGAGAAAACACAAAAUACUACAUAAACUUAAGCUAAUUUUUGGAAAUAAAUUAUACAUUUCAUAAUAAGAACCAUUCUAACUCUUUCUGCCCAAAUUUUCUGAUAUACUGUUAAAUUUUUUUUUAUAGGAUGUGAUUUCAAAAUUGUUUCUUUGAAUGAAAAAUAAUAAGUAACCUUCAACUAUUAAUUUAUAAUAGCAGUAGAGCUCUUGAUGGUUAUAAGACUUUAAAAGGAAAAGAGAUUUCAGCAAAUUACCAUUAUUUUGUGUCAUUUUACUUAGGCUGCAUUUUACUUCCCUAGUAAUAACUUAAUUUUCUUGUAUUUAGAGUACUUUUUAUAUAUUUAAAUGUUGACAAGGCAAAUAUUUCCAAUAUGCUAAAACUUGUAUAGCUGAGAAAAGUAUAAUAAAAUUGGAUAGAUUGGAGAUAUAUAUAUUUUUUAACACAUAUACAUGAAUCCAAAACAAAAGCUUUAAUAUUUGAAAAUUAAUUUCUCAGGUAGGAAAUUUUGUCGUAGAAAAGUAAUCCACUUAUUUCUUUAUAGUGUACUUCUUUAAAAGGAGCUUUUGAUGAAUUUAAUGUUAACUUAAUUUGACCUCAGUCCAUCACCAUCAGACCAAAGGAAGAUAGUAUUGUUUGGAUGAGAAAAAUAAAAAUAUUAAACAUACUGUUUUUCACACUGAUUGAAACUUGAUUCAGUUCCUCCCACAUAUGUAUUUGAAUGGCACAUAAAAGAUGAUGAAGAGAGGAGAAAAAGUGAUGGUGAUUAUUGCUAUAAUUUGUUGAGCACCUACAAUCUUCUAAGACAUUACACUGGCUGAUUUAUACCUAAUUAUCUCAUUUGAUCCUAUUCAUAUUCCCAUGAGGGAGAUGUUGAUUUAUGUUUGACUGUUGAAGAAACUAAAGGUCAUGCAGGUCAGGUACUUUAUUCAAAGUCCACACUGUCACUGAAUGAACAUACAUUGGUCUGACUCCCAAGCUUGUAAGGUUUUGAUUGUGCUAACUCUGCAUUACUGUGAAAAGUUUUUCGUUAAGAGAGGUAGACUGUGGACAGAGAGGUAGUAGCCUGUCUUUAGUCUGCAUCAGCCAGACCCUUCUUGGCAUAUUUAGAGUUGGAUGCAUUUAUUUUUAAAAAUGCCAGAACCUGUUUAAAGAUCGUGAACAAGGUGAUGAAUGUUAAAGUUGUGUUGCAAGAGAAAUGGCUAGAGAAUAUGGGAUGUUUAACUUGGAAAAGAAGAGAUUUUAUGACUUGAUAAGCUUUCAUAAUAUUUGAAGGAUAUUGGAAGAAAGAUUGGUCUUAUUCUUUAUUGCCUAAAUUAUAGAUAAAGGGCCAAAAGUUAGAUUUCAACUUAUGAAAAAUGUAUAUUUCUAGUUGUUUCAUCUCUUCAAGGAAAUGGACCCAGAAGAAAGCAAGUUCCCUGCUCCCUGUAAGCAAGUUUCUAUUUGUCAGGGAUUCUUGAGGGGUUUUGGAUAGCAAGAAGGUACCUGGAAUAAAAUGACUUUUUAAGAUGUCUCACAAGCCUAUGAUUAUAAAUUCAUAAAUUUAUCACAGUUCAUUUUCUUUUUUUGCAUUAAUUGGUAAGUUCUGGUGAAGCUUGUACUUCUGGUGAUUUGCAUGUUGUGAUAUAUUUUAAAUUUCUAAACAAAAAUUGUAAUUUUAACUAUUCUGUUGUAGGAACAAAUUCAAGGUACACAACUUAGUAUUUUAGAUAUAAUGUUUGAGAGUACUACUACUAUCAUGGCAUUUAAUUUUUUUCCAUUAUUUUCUCUUUUAAAUUAGUGAAUAGAAUGUGCUUCUAUAUGAAAAGAUUUUCUCCCCUACUGAUAGGAAAGGCACUAUAUAAAUUUUUAAUGCAGUGUCCACUAGGUGGUGAUAAUGUGUUAGAUUUCCAAGUGUUCCUGUAACUAAAUCUUUUUUUACUAGUCUGAAAUUAAACUUCUUAAAAAAUAGGUUUGUAUUGUUUUGAGCCACAAUGUCAUGUAUAGUCAUCCAUGUCUAUUUAUUAUGGUGUUAUUCAAAAUGUUUCUUGAAUUGUGCUACUCUGUUACUGUGAAAAGUUUUUCAUUAAGAGAGGUAGAAUAUGGACCUGAGUAACCAUAGAAUCUCUUCUCCCACCUCUGUUUUCAUUGUCUUGAAGAAUAUUACUCUAAGGUAAAUAUUUUUUAAAAAAUCACUUGUCUUUUGUAAUCCUGUAUUAGAUGAUUUAACCUAAUGUACCUUCCUAUAUAACAUUGUUUGUUUCGGAAGGCAUAGUCAUGAUUUUUUCCCACAGUGAGUGAUGAUAGAUUGAAAACUCAUAUAGCAUUGUAUCUGGCACUGUUUUAAGUGCUUUGCCCAUUUUAUCUCAUUUAAUCCUCGUAAUAAUUCUGUGGGGUCAGUAUUGUUAAUAUCUUCACUGUGGGAAAACUGAAUAUAGAGAGAUUAAGUAUUUUCCCCAAGAUUACAUAGUUAAUAACUGGUUGAGCUGGGAUUUUAAACCUAAGAAGCCUCACUCUAGAAUCCAUGUUCUUAACUACUAUCAAGUUUAGGGGAACGGGCACAAAGUCUACCUUUAAAUUCAUAGCAUUUUAGAAAUAUGGUCAUGCAGAAGGUGGUUAUACUCCUUACUUUUUAGGUCAGGACAGUAAUUUUGGCACUUCUAGAGGCAGAUACCCUUUGAUCUGCCAUUGUGUCUUCUAUUCCUAUUUUUGUCAUGUUGCCUCAAAGUGGUAUGUAUAUGUGUAUAUGUAAAUUUAAGGGAAGGAAAAAUAAAAUUUAGACCUGGAGUCUUAACCCAUGUUAAUCUAUAUUAAAUGUAAAACUCUGUUUUAAUUUGAAUGACUCUAGCUACUAAAUGGAGGAGUACCCUUGUUUCAAAAUUAAUAUUUAGUCUCCAAAGAGAUUGCUGCUGUGUAAAGCAAAUUGGUUAAACAUGAUUGUUUUUUGUUUUGUUUUGUUCUUUUUAAAUUCUGUUUGGUAGAGUGGAAUCUUCUAUUUAAAAAAAUCUAUGAAUAUAUGUGCUAAAUGCUUUUAGGUUUUAUAUUUUAUUAGUUACUCUGUUUCUCUAAAAUGGAAAUAUUUGACUUCUGAAAUUAUGUUGUGGGUUCAUGUCAUUUAAAAAUGCUUUCUGUGUAAAUAUUCUUCAUAGGAAUAAAAGAUUUUUUCCCCUUUUUAAAAAACUAAUUCAAAUAUGUUUUUAUUUAUGUUUGUAAAUAAAUUCAUGUUUUGUAAUUUUAUAGUUUAUUAUGUCUGUGUAUUACAUUUUCUUAUUAAAACUAGGAGCUAGUGGCUUUUUUUCCCCACUCAUUCUGUACUACUCCCCAUUUUUCCCUGUCUACCACCCACAGAAUCCUAAGCUUUAUUAGUUUUCUUGAAAUAAUAGCACUGAAUACUAUCUUUUAGGUAUCUGCAAUGGGAGCCCAUCAGUAGCCUGAGUGUAUAUAGACUCUUUCUUUUAUGUGCAUAAUAAUCCUAAGAAGUAGGUUGUACCUAAUUAAAGGAAGGUGAAAUUACUUGCCCAAAGUCUGUCAGACAGUAGGAUGUAGAGUCAGGAUUUGGACCCAUAGCUUUCUUUUUCUGGUAUAGCAAGUGGCCUCUAGGAAAGUACGCUUUAAAGACAUCAGUUAUGCACAUGUAGAGGUAGCUUGGAUGUGGGAUGAGUAUUUUUAUGUGGAUUACUGCAAAUACUUCACAGGUUUUGCCAAACCCAAGUGAAAAGGGAUUGUACAAAGCUUUUAGUAACCACUACAAAGGUUAACUUGGAAAGAAAAGAAACCCAGUUAAGAAUGUAAUAAUAAACUUUUGGAGGUUAGGACUAUUUAAUAAACCGUAUGUUUAGGAAAAAGUAAGUUUUAUGGAAACCUCCAAGAAUGGGCCAACUUGGAAGCUCAAGGGCUGACUAUCCUUUUUGUGUUAAGUCCACAUGUAUCACAGACUCUCGCCUGCUCCUUGUAGUCUUUACUUUCUAAGUUUCAAAGAAAAAAGAAAGAAGUAGAGAGUUAUGUUCUUUGGCAAUCUUCAUUAGAAAACUUAUGCAUACCUGCCUCUGUGAUCUAUUUCCACCAUCAGUAGCUUAUCUAGACUUCUCUUUGGUUGUGAUUGAGUUUCCCAGUCAAUGAUGUAUCUCCAAAUCUCAUUUCCCACAGUUGUGGUAAGAUAGGAUUAACAAAGAAUGCAGGAAGGAUGAAGUUGUCUAGUAGGGAGGCUAUGGACCUCAUUUUUCCUACUUGUCAAGAACUGAAUUUCAAUUUCUAUCACCCUACAUACCAGACAUAAAAAUCUACCUAAUAACAGCUAAGCAACAGUGACAAAGAAUGCUCUGGAGAGACAAGACAGCUAGCUGACAAGGAAUGUGUCAUGAUUAGAGAUUAAUUUCCAAAUAUUGGAGGACUUUCUGCAUGUUUUACUGUUGCUGAUCUCUGGUUUAAUAUUGUUGUGGCCAGAUGACAUUCUCUAAAUUUUUAAUCUUUUUAAAAUAUAUUGAGGCUUAUUUUGACCAAUAAUCCAUGCAGUUGAAAAGGAUAUAUAUUCUGCAGGUGUAGGGUGUAGUCUUCUCUAAAUUGUUUUUUUGAUAUCAAGUUGUUUGAUAUGGUUGUUCAAAUUUUUUAUGGCCUUACUAAUUUGUUUUUUUGGCUAGGUGUUCAAUCAAUUGCUGAAAGAAGGGUGAUAAAACUUCAAAAUAUGACUGUGAAUUUGUCCAUCUUCCCUUCAUUUCUGUAGUUUUGCUUCAUGUAUCUUGAAACUUUAUGUACAUAUAUGUUUAUGAUUGUAUGUCUUCCUGUUGAAUUGACCCUUUUAUGAAUAUAAAAUGUCUCUUUAUGUUGAUGGUUACACUUUUUGUCUUGAAAUAUACUUAGGCUAAUACAGCCUUAUAGCUUUUUUAAUACUUAUUGUUCAUAUGAAAUAUCUCUUUUUCAGAUGAUGGGGGAGGGUAUUAUGCGGGAGACUGAGUUCAUAAUAAAUAAUGAAGCCCCAGUAAAAACUGGACACCAAAGCUUGGGUGAGUUUCCUGGGUUGGCAGUACUCUGUGUUUUCACACAUGAAUUCAGGAAGGUAACACAUCCUGAGAACAAAGCUUUACAUUUGGAACCCUCCCAGGCUCUGUCCUAUGCAUCUUUUCCUUUGGCUGGUUCUGAUUUAUAUCCUUUCUCUGUACUAAACUACAUCUAUGAAUACAAUAGCUUUCAGUGAGUUUUGUGAGUCUUUCUAGAGAAAUAUCGAAACUGAGUGGUUUUGGGGAAAUCCUGAACUUGCAGUUGGUGUCUGAAGUGAAGGUAGACUUGUGUAGACUCUUCCCUCUAAUUUUAUAGUUGGACCCUGUGCUGGUUUGGCUAUAUUAUGUCCUCUAAAACACCGUGUUCUUUGAUGCAGUCUUUUGGGGUCAGAUGUAUUAGUGUUGAUUAGGUUGGAAUCCUUUGAGU